GCCGAUCGACAUCGUCGGGGCCAAGUCGGGCUCAUCCAUCGACCGCUCCCACAGCGUGCGCUCCAGAAACUCUCUCGAUGGCUUCCCAGGAUCCAUAUCUAGCUUCUUUUGGGAGAUGGCCAAGGUAGCCGGUCGGGUGGCAUUUUCUCCUGAAUACGUGGUUCAAGGAUGUCGUUGAUCGACAUCAAGCGCCCACCCGUGAGGCUGGAAGGUCGAAAUUCCGAUCUCGAAGGGAUUCUGCUGCCUCCUGUCGUGGAAAAGAUUCGCCCACACUUGCCACCAUUUUUGCGCGAGUCGUCAACGUGGAUACUGAGCUACAGUCUGGAUCAACAUGGCAUCAGUUUGAACACUCUCUACAGGAGAAGUGAGGAAAAUGGCCCGUCUCUUGUUGUUAUCCGAGACGGAGACGGCGGGACGUUUGGUGCUUUUGCAUCCGAGGCCCUGCACAUCGAGCCAACGUACUUUGGAAACGGUGAAUGCUUUCUGUGGAAGCUGAGUGACGACGGGGAUAUCCAAGUAUACCCGGCCACAGGAGCGAAUGAGUAUCUGAUCUACGGCGAGCCUCAUAUGUUUGCUUUCGGUGGAGGCCAAGGUCGAUUUGGUCUCUGGAUAUCCGAUGAUCUUUACAACGGACACAGCGAACCUUGCGACACCUUCAAGAACGCUCAACUCUCAGCGAAAUCCGAGUUUAUUGUUGUCGCCAUUGAGAUUUGGUCAUUCAAAAUUUAGGCAGAACAGUGCGACACAUCGCCAUUCCGAUGGGAUAGCACCGGAUUUUCAAUUUUGGAUUUGAAAUCAACGUUAUUUUUGUAUGAUAGUU